AUGGCGAAAUUUGCACGAAUUUUUGUUAUUUUUUGUUUGUUUUUCACAAACAUUCAUAGUUCUAAUAAUAUUAUAAUUGAUGUAAGUUUUAAUUUCAAUUGAUAACUGAAAAAUAUUUCGAAUUUAAGGUUUCUAAAAAUGCGAUAGUUAAAUAUUUAAAAUCGAUGGGACAAUAUUUUGGUGAUGAAAUAUACAAUUGGAAAAUUGGUGAACUUUCGCAUAGUAAAAUGUUGUGUUCGGUAAGUUUGGAAACUUUUUGAAAAAAAGUUGUAUCUACUUUGAAUUUUCAGAUAAAAUUAACAAACAAUUCUGUUCAAAAUUUUGAAGUUUCUCAGUUUUUCGGAGAUGUUGGUGAUAUGGAUUUUGCAUUGAAGGUAUGUUUUCAUUUCGGGAAUUUCUUGGGCCUGAUUCAGAAUUAUUCAUAUAUUUUUUCGUUCUAAUAAUCCUAACCUGAUUUUCAGCAAAACGAUAUUUCAUUUCGAUUUUCUGGAAACUACAGAAGAAAGUUCCUAUUUUUCUCAUCAACUGGAUCAUAUCACAUCGAUAUUUCAAUAAAACAAUCAAAUAUUUAUCCAAUAGUUCCAAUAAUUGUCAAUGGAUUACCUUAUAUUUAUCCAAACCCAGAUUGUGAACAGAAAAUUAUUGAAAUCAAAGAUGUUGAAACAAGUGGAUGGUUUGUAAAAGGAAUGAUAAAACAAACAUUUCAAUCUCAAUUAAAGGAUUUAUUAUGUCAUAAAUUGGUUGAAACUCUGGAUGAAAAACUUCGAAAUGAUCUGAAAUUAUUGGAAUUACAUUUUCCGAUUAUUGAUGAUUUGACAACUUUGAGUUAUGAUAUUUCUCAACAACCUUUGAUUCUUCAAUCAAAAAAUAUACGAUAUUUCAUGAAUGGAAUUGUUUAUCAUGGGGACGAAUAUACCCCUCGAAAAGUGAAUUUUCAGUUUUUUUUUAAUUAAAGUUCAAAAUAAAACUAUUCAUACUUCAUUUUCAGAAACACACAACACAAUUUGUUCCGAAUCCAGAAUCUACUAACAAAAGUUUGAUUUUCUAUAUUCAUGAAAAUCUUUUUGGAAGAAAUAACCGAAAAUAUAUGCCAACUUGGUUAUUUUGAUAUAGAUUUAAUAGAUCGGAAAGUUAAAUGUUUAUCAACAAGUAUACGAUUAUAUCGUAAGUUUUGGAACCAAUUUAUGAUAAUUAAACAAAAUUUCAGAAAACUCUGAUGUUAUUUUCGAAGUAUUCACGAAUAAUAUUUAUUUGAAUGGGACAGAUAGUUAUUUGCAAACUCGUCGAUAUCGAUUGAUUAUUUUGAAAUCUCCCGAAUUUGAACUAUUGCUACGAUUAAAAUCUCAAAUUUCAUUUGAAGAAGAUGAUAGUUCUAGGAAUCUCGUUUCAACACAUAUUUCUCAACAAUUAAACGCUCAAUUUGUUCUUCCCCUCCCAUUUGUUUCUCAACAUGUGAUCUCUGAUGUUAUAUUUAAAACCUCUAACAAUUAUAUUACAGUUUUUGCCAAUAUUGAAGUACAAAAACGAUUUUUUCGUUAGAAAAUAAAUUUUUAUUUUUUUUUGGUGUACGGUCAUCACCUUCAACACGUAUUGUCCGCAAUGUGUAUUUGUGCGUCAUUUGUGUUGCAAACUUUUAUUUUUUCGAAAAAUUCUUUUUUUCGUUUUUUGUGUGGCGGUUUUUGUGGGGUUAGGCUAACAGUAAACAGAUAUCAGCGUUCUAUUUUACAUUAAGUAAACUAUGGUACAAAACUAAGAGUAUUAUCAAAAGAAAUUGUCUGUCCAACAAAAAGUCAAAUGAGUUCCUAAAAUGUUCGAAAUGUCCUAACUUGUUAUUUUGUUAUGAUUUCUUAAUAAAAUACGAUUAAAACCUAUUUCAUUCAGAUAAUAUAAUGUCAGCAGUACAACCAGUUAACCCAAAACCAUUUUUGAACAGUCUGACUGGAAAAUUUGUUGUCUGCAAACUCAAAUGGGGAAUGGAAUACAGAGGUGAGUUAAUUUAUUUCACAGUUAACUGAAGAAUCAAGUUUCUUUUCAGGAGUGCUUGUAGCAGUCGAUUCAUACAUGAACCUCCAGUUGGCUCACGCUGAUGAAUACAUUGACGGAAACAACACUGGAAACCUUGGAGAAAUUCUUAUAAGGUAACUUACCCCUGAAAUGAUAGAAAUGAUGUUCGAUUUAAUUUCUUGAUGAUGAUUAUUGACUCGUCGAUCAUUAAAGUUCACGUUUAACUAUUUUUAAAUUCGUGAGACUCUUUUUGUCAUUUUCAGAAUUUUUCAGACUUUGUCGAAACAAACAUAAUUUCCGAAAUUCUUCUUUCCAUAUUUCAAAAAAUUAUUUUCAGAUGCAACAAUGUUUUGUAUAUUGGCGGAGUCGAUGGCGAGGCUGAAACAUCAGCUUGA